CGCAACCCCGCUUUGUGUGCGUUUCGGCUACUGGGACUGCACUUCCUGGAUUUCGGCGAGCCAUUGCGCGCACCCAUGUCCCAUCGACGCGACGGAGUUCGUGUGGAGAAGAACAAGAGCCUGUCCAUAAUAUAUACCAUUUGCUCAUAUUAAGGCUUAUCUUAAGCUAGAUCAAUUUAACGCUUUAUCCAGUAGAGAAACAAGAGAGACAUCGAUGCGCUUUGAUUUCCGUCUACGUAAGACGGUUCGGGACAGCGGCUUUUCUGGUCCGAUUCAAACAGGUGGAACACGAAUCAGGUGGAGUUGGGAGGAGGAGGGUAUCACGACAGACCGGGCUGCUAUAGCCAUUCCUUCUAAUUAGUUGUGGACCCGUGCUAAAAUAUGCACUCCUUAUUCUAGCCUUACUUAACGUCAAAUAGGCUACCACGUUUUGUUGUAUCUGAUAUUCAAACGGCGAAUCUUUAUAGAUUGGAGACCUUUAACACACAGGUGGGAGAUACCCGUUUAAUAGGACGGCACCUCUUUCAGUUCCUCGGCGCAGGAUAUGAGCUACUGACAUUUGUUAUUACCCUUUGGGACAGGAGACGAACGGUUUCCGCUAACAGGUGUGAGAGUACACCAAUCGUUCAUUGCCUGAUACGGAAUCCUUCCUCAUUGUUCGCAGAAAUAUCAAUCUAACUCGUAUAUGGCUCCCUUUCUAACCAGGAGAGGGACAUUUACCAGUUAAUUGUAAUAAAUCGAUAAAUCGAAUAAAAUAGUGCAUUAUUAGUGUUUAGAGUUAUUUUUGAGACCCCGUCCUCCAAUCUAAAGGGACACGGGACAUCAGAGAGAAAUCAUGUCAACGAAAAAACCCAGCGUGGAUUUACCCAAAAGGAGCAGAAGCCCGGUGGCGUUAGAAGGAGAGAUGUUCGGCGAAUUUCAGGACUGGUGUCUCCGUACUUACGGGGACUCGGGUAAAACAAAGACAGUCACCCGGCGAAAAUACAAUAAGAUUCUCCAGACCCUUUCACACACCGAUGAGUCGGACCCUGUCUACAUCGAGAGCAACCACAUCAACGCCAAAUUCAAAUUCUGGGUGAAGUCCAAAGGGUUCCUUGUUGGGACAAUUCAAGGGGACCUGAACAAGAAUGGAGCCGCCGACAGACCUGUCCUGUAUGUCCCUAUCAAGGCGACGUGUGCGGAUGGGGGCUCUGGGUCCGACUCCUCUCUGAAGAGGGUGGCAGUGGUGGAGGACUUCUUUGACAUCAUCUAUGCCAUGCACGUAGAUAUCAGCGCCGACCCUGGCAAAUCACCCAAACACGCCGGACAGAAGAAGACCUACAAAGCGAUUGCGGAGACGUAUGCCUUCCUGCCCAGGGAGGCAGUGACCCGUUUCCUGAUGAACUGUGGCGAGUGUCAGAAGAGGAUGCAUAUCAGCCCGGGUGGAGCAGAGUUCAAAGAGAAUGACAGACCGACAUCACUGGUGCCAGAUCUCAUCGACUACAACAUGCCGCUCACCACCACCUAUCUGAAGCAGAUGAAGCUUCAGUACAUGAGUACAAAUGAGCAGGAUGAGAGUUCAGUGAGCAGUGAGGACUUUGAUAUGACUGACCCCACAUGGAUAUCAGCUGAUCACGGCCCUGCUUCCAACCUGAGUCCCCCGAACCACGGAGAGAGAAUGCACAGCCCUCAGAACUCGCACAUUAAGGAGGAGGACGACGACUCAUCCUCAGAGAGCGGCAGCGGGAACGGCAUGCACACCAUGACACCUCCGUCCGCGGGUGGGGCGGCCCCGGGGUCGGAGGGGGGAGCGGGUGGACCCCCUUACAGGGAGAUGGUAAACGGCAAUGGGCCCCCGGCCCCGCUGGACUUCAGCACCACCUCCUCGUCCUCAUCGUCCGAGGACCAACAGGCGCCGGUCAACCUGAGUGAGACCAGGCUGCCCGGGACUGCCCUGAUGGGCCCCUUCCAGCCCGACCCCCCAGAUGAGCUGCGCAGGAAGUACCCUGUCAAGCCCCUCCCCCAUGCCGCUGAGCUGCGCCUGGACAGAGACUCGAUCAGGGACUACGGCAACAAGUCUCCUCAGUACAGCUCAGGAAGCUACGACUCAUUGAAGAUGGAGACGUGUGCCGAGGACCUGACCGUGACCAGAAGUGCGGCAGCAGCCGAGGACGAUGACGAUGACCAUGAAGAUCACGACGACAAUGACAAGAUCAACGACACGGAGGGCGUGGACCCCGAGAGAUUAAAGGCCUUUAACAUGUUUGUGCGUCUGUUUGUGGAUGAGAACCUGGACCGCAUGGUGCCCAUCUCCAAGCAGCCAAAGGAGAAGAUCCAGGCCAUCAUUGAGUCGUGCAGCCGGCAGUUCCCCGAGUUCCAGGAGCGCGCUCGCAAACGCAUCCGCACCUACCUCAAAUCCUGCCGCCGCAUGAAGAAAAGCGGCAUGGAGACACGACCCACACCACCUCACCUCACCUCAGCCAUGGCUGAGAACAUCCUGGCAGCCGCCUGCGAGAGCGAGACACGCAAGGCUGCCAAGAGGAUGCGGCUGGAUGUCUACCAGGCACAUGAGGAGCAGAUAGCACAUGACAAGCCCAGUUCUCGCGAGCCGGCCUCCCUGGCCCACUCUGCCUACUCCCUGGCCGCCUCGGCCUACUCCCAGGACCAGCUCUACACCAACGGUGGGCUCAACAAUAGUUACCGUGGUUACGGGGGUCUGGGAGCUAGCAUGCAACACCCAGUCUCCCUGACAACCGCCACUGCUCAGAGCAACGGCCCUACUGACCUCAGCAUGAAGUCCCUGGGGUCAAACUCUUCAUCGGCCAGCUCAAACAGUCACGGGCGGAGUGCUGGUGUCAUAGGUGGUGGGGCCUCGGCACAGCUCAGCCCAACAGAGAUCACGGCCGUGCGGCAGCUCAUCGCCGGCUACCGCGAGUCGGCCGCCUUCUUGCUCCGCUCGGCCGAUGAGCUGGAGACCCUGAUCCUGCAGCAAAACUGAGCCGGAAACUCCUCCUCCCCGUCUCCCUGCUUCUCCCUCUUUCUCUCUGACUCUCCCACACGACCCCUAACCAACUACUCUCCCACUCACCAGAUCCAUCUGUCUGUGUUUCGUCCUCCUCCACUGACCUGUAUAUUCUCCCUGUCUCCAGGAAGGAGGCAUGCAACAGUCCUACCUUCCUCUAGUCUAAUAUUCUAACCCCCCUCCCCUGAUUGUUUUAACAUCAGUGCGUGGAGAGAAAGAGCACUGUCUGCGACGACUUGGGAACAGCGUUUCUCCCCCUCUUGAACCACCUGUAAAGGAACAUGCUCCCUCCCAAUCAUAACAGCUCUGCCUCACUUCCACAGCUCUGUGGGAAGAAGAGGGGUGACAGGGAGAGAGACGGAAAUGAGUCUACCAAGUGAUGUGCAGGAGAGUGGUGGGGCUGGAGCGCUGGAGAACACUGAAGGGUUGUGCUGUGAUGAGGAGAGAACAGCGCCCCCUUGUAUGAGGAAGAGAAGUGGAUCCUUUUGGUGUGCCAGUAAGCUCACUGUGUUACUGUACACAGAUCCCCUCAACAAGCUCGCCAUCCCCAAUAACAAUGAAAACGAGACUCUCUGAACAGUAGUAACAAAAUGUUUGUUAAUGACAAAUACUUUUGAUUUGAGAUCUGAAUUUGUUUGUUUGACUACAAGAAGACAUUUUGAACCACUUUUUGGAUGAACAGAGGCUGAAGAAGGCUGGAAAGAAAGAGACAACUUGUUGCGCUCGGUGUAAAUAAACUCUGUGUCCUAAAGCACUUUCCCAUGAUUCAGACCUCACCUCCCCAUUGAGUAAUAAAGAACUCGAUGUGCCCGGGAGCAACACUUUAUCUUAUGCAUUAUGGAGAUGCCAUCUAUUCCACAUGGAAAUACCUCAGAUCUAUCAACCCACCGUUCGAGUACUUCAUUCCUACUUGGGUGGCGACGUCACACAACGCUCAUCACACAACACUCACCCGUUACUACCUGAUGUGUUCCGUGUUUUCAUAGACCUGCAGGAAGCAAAGUCUUAACCAUUUCAAGAAGUUUCCAGAGUAAAUAUUGUAUCUAUAGUUCGAAUUUAAAACAAAAAAAAAGUAUUGUUUGUCAUGUUAUUUGUGUACUGUAAAUACUCAGUCCAUAUUUGAUUCUAGAAACACCAUGAAGAGAACAUGAAAAAGCAUCAGUAAAGUGAAGGACUGGGGGCAAGGUAGUAUUUUCCGUGGGAGACUGAACCUCUCUGACGAUAGCUGGUAGUUUUCUUUUUUUGGAGUUCCCCAUUUUUUCCAACCCUCUUGUGGCUCAUUGCUCUCCCAUCAAUUCCAGGUUUUGGUUUGUCCCGACUCAUCACUCGAUGAUACCCUGUCUUUUUCCGUGUCCGGUUCUGCAUUCCUCUCUCGAACCUAUCCCCCCAUCUCCUCCCUGACCUGAGCCCAGUCCAGCUCGGUUCUGGGAGGGAUAACGUAUGUCUUUGUCUAUUGACUCUUUGAGAUGGCCAUUAAUCCACGCUGCUGCUAUAUGUACCAGACUUUUGCCACAGACCUGUAACCUCAAGUCAGGACGCCAUCCUCCUGCACAACCAGAGCACCUCAAGACAACCACACAAACAAAAAGAAGCUAAAACUACUCAAAACCGAUAAGAGACUAAAAUCUUACUUUUAAAAACGACAUGCCAUCCCAGUCAGUUGUUUCUCCUUGCUACUAGGCACUCUGGUUGAUCUUUUUGUUCUUUCAUAGGGCUGUGUUGUUUGUACAGUGACCUUUUUCUUUUUUGCUUUCUUCAUGACUUUGAAUCUCUGGAGGCAUAUAGGGAUCAACGUGCUCCUCUUGCAGCCACUCACAAGGGUGCUCUGGGCAUAUCUAUCUUACUGUGCAGUCAAAGUCUGGGAGGUUUGUACCUUUUAGAAUGAGUGUGAGAGAAAAAAAAAUGCAAAAUGUUUCUUCAAGAGGCAGGCCUAAAGGGGCUGACUGUUGUGUCACUGUAAUUUGCUCCCUUUUGCACACUGAAGCAACUGAAAUCUGUGACGGAGGCCCUGCUUGUUCAGGGCUCCAUCUUGCACUGGCGAGGUGUGGCCUACUAAAGGAAAGAGGAAGAGUAUUUGCAAUGCAGUUGAUAAUCAUCCUGGCCCUUGACAGCAUAGUGUUAACGAAAAAGAAACAUAGUGUGGGUGCUACGAUGUUUCACAACCACCACUAUUG